CAUUAUAAUAGGAAGUGUUUACCUCAGCAAAGUAGUACAGUAACUUGAUCACCUUUAUAGUGUCUACACUCAAGUAGCUACUUACACUGUACAACACUAUAGCAUGCUCUCUGCGGUCCGUAUCCUGCCGAGAAUAGUCUGAGUGUAACCAACUCGACCAGCCAGCCAUGGCUUCAACAAGAAUAGUUGACAACACGGACCCCACCAUGCUGUGGUCCUCCUACAGAUUAGCUCACAACAGAAUGGAGAUAGAGGUGGCUGUGGAGAGACUCAAUGCGUACAUCAGCGUGUGGGUGGAGAAAGGGGCGGGGUCAGUCUCCUCGUCCCCCAUGAUCUCAGCCAAGAGCGAUCGCUUUGGAAUGCUACGUCCUUGUGUUGCGUUUGACCUCCCUGAGAAGGCGUGGCUUCUCUCCAAACAACCCUCUGGUUUAAUAGCAGCUCUAGUGGACCACAUCACGUUUGUGUCCCGGCAACUCGUCUCUUCCCUCAAGCAGUUGUCUGACUCUCCUCGAGUGAGAAGCUCUCAUCUGAGGUCUUCCUCGGAGGCGGGACUACCCCCCCUGGAGCUGCAGCAGUUGUUACAGGACACUGUACACCUCUCCACAUUGCUGGCCAGGGUGGGGGGCUGUGCUGAGAACUACGGGCAGUUGAGGGGGACCAAUAUUGUACCCCCUACAGUCGUGUUCCUGCAAUGCCUGCUUAAUCUAGUGAAGUACGUCCCACCACAGCAUCUCUCCUCCCUCAUCCACUGCCUCAACCACACCGUGGCCUUCCUCCAUGCAAUGCUAGACCCACGCAGACACUGGCAGCUACACUUCAUGAGCCUUCACACGAUGUCGGACCCCUCCCUGAGUCACAUGAUUGAAGUGCCGUCUCUCCUGUUAAGUGUAUUCAUUGAUGCUUUUCACGACAACAUGGGCCUGGGGGAGGCAUGGCAGGAGGUGUGGCUAGACUUCCAACUCGGACUCCUACACAUGAUCGGAGCAAUGCUUUGCAGCUCUAAUGAGAAUGCGUGUCAAGCAGCCUCACAAGACGUCAGCUUCCUCCUCCUAGCCCUAUUAGACCCACGAGAUCAGUGCACUCCCCUCCAAGUACUAGCCACUAAGGUCCUCGUUAAGCUAGUACAUGUGCUUCACAACACAGUCCCUGAUGAGACCCAGACGAGUGUUGAUUGUGGCGUGAUGUUGGUCGGUUUCCUCAACGUGCUCUCCUCUCGUUUCCAUGCCGAUGGAUUAACGCCGCCCUGUAUCAAGAUGGUCAUCAGCAUGAUGGAUAUUAUACCGAGUCUAGUGAACCCUCCCGGGAAGGAAGCAGAAAUUAGACAGCUGUUUGUUGAUGUGGGCUGCUUUGAGAAGAUCUGUGAGGUACUCUCUCUCGUGAAGGAGGAAGCAAAGGAGUCUCCUGAAGAGGCGGGCAUAUUAGUGUGUCAGGUCUUCUCCUCCUUUAGUGCCGUGAUGGACGGCUCGGAUCCGCUCAGAGAUAGCUUUGAACAGAGGGUGGGCCACAAAAAACUAUCCCAAUUUGUUUCGGAGUUGACCACACCCACUAAGGAAAUUCUACAGGCCAGUCUGGAUAUGACCGUUGAGGGCAGUUAUGUAUACCAGGCUGACACUCACUGUGUGUUUAAUACGUCGGCUAUGGCGAUGCUGAUCGGAUGGUGUCUGGAUUUGAACUCUGACCUUGCUAGCUGGUUAUCCACUAGACUGUUGGAUAUGUGCUCGUAUGGAGCGUACAAUAAACAGCGCUGUUGUACAGCCGGUCUCAUCACCGUGGUUACCGAGGUCCUGGCGUCUUCACAGGAGAAGGGACGACUACUAGAAGAGCAGGUCGAAGACAACCUGAUAGCUUUGGCUGAGGUGUUGGGGGGUCAGUCAAUACGUGCAGUGGAGCUCAAGCAGCUGAUUGGUCUACUCCGCCCCCUGGAGAGCGGCCUCCUCCCAACGUAUUACUAUCGUCUCCAACAAGCUCUCACCGUCAUGUCACACAGACUCGGCAAGGACGGACCCACCCCCCUCCACUACUUUGACCUACGAACCCCUGGAACGUCCAUCUACAUCCCGGAGCUACGUCAGUUCCCCAACUCCACGAGCCUCACACUUCACACCUGGGUCUCACUCGACCACACACGCACUAACCACCCCCUCUCUGAUGUCUUGUUGUCACGGCAAUCCUCUCACAAGCGUCGGAUACUCUACAGUUUCUACACUUCAAGUGGUGCUGGUUUUGAAGCGUUUUUCACCAAAAGCUUGGUCCUGGUGGUUGCUACGGUUACCAAGAAGGAGUUCAUCACCCUCGAGCUAAGAGAAUGCCCUUUGACCCCACUAGAAUGGCACAGUGUCAGUGUAGUGUACCACCUCUCUAAGAGGCCCUGGGGCAAGAGUGAAGUGAGUGUCUACAUCAACGGCGACCUCAAGAAGUCAGCUGUCAUGAAAACCCCCAGCUUCACUGAGCUUUACACUUCCAGCUGUAUUGGGUUUGCCCCAUCCCGUAAUCUCAAGAGCGAACAUGCUGCUCGGAUAUUCCCCAGUGCCCCACCCUCCCCUAGCCUUUCCCUGCGGUCCUCAUCCUCUGGGUCGAUGGACAUGGCUGUAGCCCCACCCUCUGUACAUAAGACCACAUCCACUGCUGAGGUCGGCAGGGAGUGGGGUCAUGUGAGCAACUUGCACGGGCUCAUCAGCUCCGUGUGUUUGUUUGCAGAUGCUGUGUCAGCAAAUGCCAUCAAGAUUCUACACAAGCGAGGACCCAAUGAUCUCUCACUGUUACAGCCCAAGUGCCCAGAAACUGCUGACAUGGCAACUAAGCUAUUUGUCUACUAUCAUGCCAAGGCUGUGCUCGGUGACGUGUGUAAGGACCUCUCCCCCACCAACAACUCUCAUAUCUCUAACUGGGGUCGCUUCAAUGGACAACACUACCUCACCUGGGACGUGAAGGCCGUCCUGGCAUCACUCGGAGGGGUGGAGCUACUCUACCCCAUCCUAGAGCAGGUCCACCUGAGUGUGCGUGGGCGGGAGUGUGAGGGGGGUGGUAAAGAUAGGACCACGCCCACCCCAAUGGGGUCACCCAAGUUCACAGCAACGUGGUGGUUUGGAGAGAAAGAAGGCGUGGCCUCGUUCCUGAAGCUCCUCCUCUCAAUGCUUAAAAGCAGUCCUAUCAACCAACAGGUGUUCUUCCUCUCAGAGGGGCCGGCCACCAUCGGAGCUUUGUUACAGAAGGUCCCCCCCUCAAGAAUCACAGUUCAGACUCUCUCUGCAGUACAGGAUCUGGUGGAGCACUUUGCCGAUGUGUGUGAGCAUCGCUGCCUCAUGUACAAGCACCUGCUCUUUGACUUCAGGAUCUGGAGUAGGCCCGACUUCUCAGUCCGAAGUGGUCACAUUCAGUACAUAUCGACCAUCGUCAAAGACCACACCUCCGAGUGUAGAGCUAGCUUUGGGGUCCAAUACCUUCUGGACGUCAUCAGGAUAUUCUACAGCUCUAUGGGGAGCAAAGUGGAGACAGUCAGCGUUGACUGUUUGAAGCUAACAGAGGAAGAACAGCAGAGCAUUCGAGCUGCCAUUCUGUCCAACAUCAAGCUGUACACAAUGAACGAUGUGCACUGGGACGAGGUGGAUGCCAUUCUAUCCUUCCUCACAGCAGCUAACGACCCUCACCUAUUGGAGGAGAUACUACGCCUUCUUUAUAACCUCCUAAAGACGGCCCAGUCACGCCACGCCCUCGGUGACCUGCUCUGGGAGAAGGGAAUUCCCCUCCUGGUGCUCACCAGAGCUCAGAGCAUGUCCGUGAGACUACUAGCUAUAAAGAUUGUGUCUUCCUUGAAUGGACAACAUGGCUUCAACGAGUCAGGCCCCAUCUUUGCUGCUCUCAAGGACGGCAGUUUAGCAGCUGCCAUUGGACACAUGACUGAACACGAGAUGUCCUCCUCCAUCAUACUAGCACUACUGGAGCUCUGUGUUGCCAAGAACACCGUCAACUGUACUGAUUACAUCUCAAACUUCAGAGUCUAUCUUUCUGUCCUCCAACUCCUCCGACGAGCUCCACUGAUGGUCCGACACACGAUAUGUCAGCAGGUGCUCUCAAUGCUACACCACACGCCCACGCACAUCACAGACCUCACAGCCUCACCAGGAUGGGAGAGCUUGUUUCUAUGGCUGCUAACACCGUUUAACUACAAUCGAAGUAAAUGUAGCACACCGGGGGCAGAGUCAAGCGAGGGGCUAUCUGAUGAUGAGGUGGUGGGGAGUCCAACCACGUACAUCGACCUUAAUACCGUCAAGACGGACAGUAGUGCUAGUGGAGGUGUGGAGAGUGUGAGUAGUGAGGGUGUGGUGGGUGUGAGUAGUGACCCUGGUGAUGAUGAAUUAUCAGAGGACGACAGGCAAUAUCCGAUACCAGACUUGACUGUACUCGAAGCUAGUGGAGGUGUGACAAGUGUGGAGGGGGCGGCUACACGUCAACCACACAAGAAAUCUCGCCCGGUAUCAAUGCCUCCCACCACCAGUCUCAGUAUUACCUCCGAGGGUCAGAGUUCAAGUGAUGCAAUAAGAAGACGUACUAAUGCGUUCCUUGACUCAACUACGGGAGAGAAGAAGAUCAGCGUGACUAGCAAGGGGGUGGUGGACGAGCAAAGGGGGCGUGGCUUUACAAAGAGACAUUCCCUCACGUACUCGCGAAGUUGGAGGAAUCUGAGCGAAGUGGAGAGUGAGGAGGUUAAGCGGACAUUCAGUGUUGUCACGGAAACCAUAGCGUACUUGCUCUGGCACUCUGUGGACUAUGAGAGGGACAACCCACCGUGGAAGGUGUGGGGCAAGUUCUUUGCCUCGGUGGACCUGUUCUCUGGUGAUCAGUCGCUUGUUGUACCCUCCCAUACUAUAAAGCAGAGAGUGUUCCUCCUGCUCAUGCACGCUGUUACCAUGGACGCAAGGGAUCAAGGUGUCGACAGAGCUAUACUGUUGGAGUUGGUUCUGCAACUGUCGCAACUUUUGGAGUCUUUUGUCAUCACCACCUACCCACACACACACUCCAAGGAGGAUCUUGAUGUGUUAUUGCUCAAACUGGCUCACAACUUUGUGCCAGAUAUUGACACUAAGCACUGCUCUGUGGAGCUGUUGGAGAAGUAUCUGAUCAUGUUGUCAACUGCCCAAAUGUUCAGCACUGGGAUGGCAGGGGCAGGGCUAGAGCUGGAGAUCGUCCAAUCAGCUAUCAGAGUGCUCCUUUCCUGUGUUGCUAGCGACAACAAAGACUAUUUUGUGACUGCGUCUCUGAAGUUGGAGCACCUCCUGCGAGUCCCCACCCUCCCCACACACGAUGUCCACUUUAUUCUCAGCAACUUGGUACGAAUAAUGACCGAAGCAGUUGAAUCUGGCGACGAUGAGAGGUCAGAGUACAUCUCAUCUGUCGUCAAGAAUGUUUUCAGUCAACAUUAUUCGCGGUCUGGACUGACUAAUGAGCUUCCAGGAUUGCCGAGCCCUCAGGCACCAAGUUUCUCAACGGCUUUUAUCAAAUACUCUGAGACCAAAGAAUGGCUGGAGUACAGCAAUGGAGUGCUCAAGACACAGGAGGCACUCUAUAACACAGUGUUAUUGCCAUGGUUACAAACGCUGGUGAAGCGUGACGGACAGUGCUGCCGACUAGCAGAGGCGGAGAACGCUGAGAGGAAACAGCUGGCCAUUUCAGAGCAGGGAAGGUACAAUGAGGUGUCUGAGCAAAUGUACAGUCUUCACGAGGCCGAGAGGAAGCGACAAAGAUUGGUAGAUGUUCAGCAGCGUAACGAGUUGUCUGUGGUAUACCAACGAUGGAAAGGAAGUCGGAGAUUUUUCACCGGGGAGAGAGGGGCGUGGUCUGCAAGACGAGAGGACCCUUACUUAUGGAAGUUGGAUAGGACUGAGAACUUCUCUCGCAUGAGAAUGAGACUUGCUCGUAACUAUAACUUCAAUACUCAUAGUGAGGCCAGUCAUCUUAGGGACGUGGUCAACAGCCCUGCCACUAAUUUUGACACAAAACCUGAUGGAGCAGAGCUACUGGCCAAGGCGGCCCGUCGUAACUCUGACUCAGCAAGUACCUUCUCUGAGGAUGAGGAAUAUUUGCUAGAUCAGGUGUACACAGAUGCUAACGCCCCCGGAGCUCGGGAGGACGGGGAGGAGGUAGCAAAGAACGAGAAAGAGAAGACGGUCAAAUCCGUACAGUGCAGUCUCAUCAUGCUCAUGGAUCGGUUGCCAGGGAUACUCGAGAUAACUAACAAACAUAUUUAUUUCUCCUGUGAUCAGCAAGAAAAGAAGGAAGCACAGUCAUGGUACGGCACAGACUUCAAGAUCCCGCUCAGCCAGUUGCGCGAGAUCUUGUGGCGACGGUAUAACAUGGCAAGGACUGCUCUAGAGUUGUUCCUAGUGGACAAUACCACAUACUUCAUCAACUUCCCAGACAAAAAGACUGUACAGAAGGUCCGCAGAGCCAUUCUCUCCCAGCGGCCUGCCAACCUGAAUCGUGCUGCCUUGAGGGCACCUGAUCGUCUCCUCAUAGCCUCAGGGGUCACUCAGAAGUGGGUCCGGAGGGAGAUCAGCAACUUUGAUUACAUCAUGACCCUCAACACUGUGGCGGGCCGUACCUACAACGACCUCAACCAGUACCCUAUCUUUCCAUGGGUACUAGUGGAUUAUGAUUCAGAUACCCUUGACCUUUCGAACCCUGCCGUGUACCGUGACCUCUCUAGACCCGUGGGCAUACAGAAUCCAAAGCUGGAGGAUAAUGUACGAGAAAGAUACUAUGAAAUAGACGAUCCUGUGAUUGGACAAUUCCACUUUGGCUCUCACUAUAGCAACGCGGCUGGAGUGCUACACUACCUCAUCAGACUAGAGCCCUUUACUACACUACACAUUGAGUUGCAGAGUGGCAAAUUUGACUAUGCUGACCGUCAGUUCUUCUCUAUUCCGAGCACCUGGAAGGUUAUCUACACCUCUGGUUCAGACGUGAAGGAGCUUAUACCAGAGUUCUACUACCUCCCAGAGUUCCUCAAGAACCUCAACAAGUUUGAUCUUGGCAAGCUACAGACGGGGCUGGAGUUGGGAGACGUUAUCUUACCACCGUGGGCCUCCUCUCCAGAGGACUUCAUCAGGAAGCACAGAGAAGCUCUGGAAUCCCCAUACGUAUCUGCCAAUCUUCAUAAUUGGAUAGACCUCAUCUUUGGCUACAAGCAGACAGGCCCUGAGGCAGAGAAAGCAUGCAACGUGUUCAACUACUACUGCUACGAGGACAACGUCAAUCUGGACACAGUUGCGGACGAUCGUGAGAGGCGGCAGAUCGAGUCAAUUAUUAACAACUUUGGGCAGACCCCUACUCGUUUAUUCACGGAGCCACACCCCCAACAGAUGAGUGUGGAGGUGGCCAAACGAACCAUGGCCAGAGGAUUCACUCCUUUCAUUGGACGGAAGAAUAUCAUUAGUUUGUUUGAUCACCUCUCCAACCUCAAGGCUCACAGUGUGGACAUAGCGGAGUCUGACCCUGUGGUGUUUGUGGGUGUCCCAUCUAUACAAACACGAGCACUGCUCAUCAGCGGAAACCCCGAGCAGCUGGUGACAGUCACCAGAUCAGGGCUACUGAACAUCCAUGGCUGGUUGGCUUUCUCGCACAGCAAGAAUCGGCCGUUCACGUUUCAAUUUGACCCCAACCACCAUUUUGAUCAAUCCAAGUGGAUGUAUCUGGGUGGUCCGUUUUCUCCCAAUGCAUCCGUCAACUACCACUUGUUUGUACUGAGCCCCAACAACAAGCUCCUAGCAACCGCCGGACAUUGGGACAACAGUUUCCGUGUUCACUCUGUAGACAAGGGAAAACUAGUGGCCAGACUGGCACAUCACAAUGACAUUGUAACGUGUGUGGCUCUCGACAAGGCCGGCCCAGGAGAUCACCUGAUCACAGGGUCAAAGGACACCACGUGUGCCAUAUGGAAGUUCAGUAGCAACCACAGUGAUAUUGCAGACCACCCCCUGCAAACGUUGUACGGGCAUGAUAGUGAGGUGAUGUGUGUGGACAUCAGCACAGAGCUAGACCUUGCAGUCAGUGGUGGUCAAGAUGGCACCUGCCUGUUACACACAGUGAGACAAGGCCGAUACAUGCUCACUCUGAGGCCCCGGGAGGACAAGCGAUGCGAGGUACAACAUGUCUGUAUAUCCAGUCACGGUCGACUCAUCGUGUACACAGAGGACCGCAGCAUGCGUCAGAAGGCAAUAUCGGCCGUACCCCCGUGCAUCCACCUGUACACUAUCAAUGGCCACCUGCUUAUAGAGAAGGAGCUCUCAGAGUGCCUCAAUGCUCUGGUCAUCACUGACUCCUACCUCGUCACUGGAAAUGCUAAAGGGUUCCUCAUCUUCAGGGACCUAUUCAGCCUCAAGCAGCUGAGCAGUCUGAACCUCCUGGAGCCAGUCCACUGUAUAGAGCUAGUACAAGACCACUCCACUAAGGUCACCACCAACCUACUCGUCGGCCUCGGCAACGGGAAGCUGAUAAUCGUCUCGCCAAAGGACCCCCCACAAUAGACCACACAGUGUGAACUAUUAUAAUUAUUAAGUUUUUUAAUGCAAAUAUUUAAUACACUUUUGAUAUGGAGCACAUUGUUAUUUUUACUGAGUGCAUUUUUGUUAUAAUUAUAUAUUUAUAUUUGCACGUUGUUACGUUGUUGAAGAUUCCUUCUUGUGUCAUUG